UCACAGACUGGACUGGACGUGGCGGUUUUUGGUUGGUGGUCGUGGUCAAAAUUAGGCCUCGCCUCCUUAAAGUAAACUUGCUAGUCUAAACUCUUCGUUUUUAAUCAUGAAACUAGUCGGGGGCAUUUCUUCUCUCUUCUUCUGGUCUGUCCUCUUUGUCUUUGGUAGCAUGACCGCAGUAUUCGUGGCAUGGGGUACCAGUACUGUAACCAGCCAGAAGAUGAGUAUUGAAUCACAUAUAAUAACUCCUAAUGAGACAAUGGAGGUACUAGCCAUUAAGGACCUUCACUCGCGACUCGAUGACAACAAUGAUGGUCAGGUUGAUUAUAAAGAAUCAACAGAAUUUGUUCGCGAGAAGUUUCCUGGCCAAUCUCAAAACCCUUCUGCUAAUGAUCGUAGUCACACUCUUCACCUUCAAGAUAAUAUGAUAUCACUUGAUGAGCUUUGGAACAGAUGGAAAAACAGCAACGUUUAUAACUGGUCUAACGAUGAUGUCAUUAAGUGGUUGGAGGCUGUCGUUGAUCUGCCCGAACUAGUCCCUCAGUUUCAUUCCCUGGGUAUCACUGGGCGACAGCUACCAUUGAUCGCUACUAACGUUGAUCAGUUGUUCAGUCAACUGGGAGUCACGAGACAUCAAAGAAAGAAGCUUCAAUUAAGAGCAAUGGACAUUGUAUUAUUUGGACCAUUACCUUUAGCUUCCCACUCAUAUUGGAAGGAUGUUGUGAUGGCCUUCUCUGUCAUACUGUGUGUGCUUGGUCUAUCAACUGCUUGGAGGAAGCAUCACAGUGCCAACAGAAAGAUUGAUGCCUUUCUCAAAGAAAUACGAGUCUAUGAAACAGAGCUAAGGAACAUUAAGAAAACGUUCAAAGGCCAAGACUCAAUUUCUGAUACGACCGAUUCCGACACACGAAAUACUCAACCAGUAGGAGGAGAAGAAGAAACUGACAGGAACAAUUCGUUAUCUGAUGACUCCUCCUCUUCCUCUUCUUCUGUUGAUCUGACGGGCCAGUCCUCAUCAUCUUCUUCUGAUAAAUCAAAAGGCGACAUGACAACCAUCGCUGAAGAAACCUCCUUUCCAGGCAGACCCGACCUCCAGUCUUCUCAGACUCAGCAAUCUUCGUCCGAUUCAAAGAAUGAAAACCUGAGAAUGAGGAUUUGGAAUCUCGAGAACCAGCUUGCGUCCUUGAUGCAGAAUCGACUAGCCUUGAAGCAGUUAUUAAUAGAGACUUGCUUACAAGAGAAGUAUUACCUUGAUGCGAAUAAGAGAACUGCAGAGAAUGAAGUCAUGAGAGCACAGAAAAUGUGUGACAAGAUUAAACGCAAGAGAGCCUCUGUCAUUGGAGCAUUCAGACUGGCUAACUCAUCAACUCUUGAAGAUGCUGGACUCAUGAUAACCAAAGCUGUUAACAAGAUGCAGAUGGUCACAGAGCAUUUUGAGAGUUUCCAGAAAAGAUGGCAGUCAAUCGAGCAAAUCUUUGGAUUCCCUAUACUGAAUCCAGCUCACAUUUCCACUCAAUCUCUAGCAUCAGCAGUAACUGAUUCCCCUCGCUCCACAAGAGGGAGCAUCUCACAUCGUCCGAAAUCAGUAAGUAGCAGAACAAACAGUUUUAAAGAGGAGCACUUUGAACCCAUUUUGCACAAGAGCUCCAUCAAGAUGGGAGGAGGAAGAGACAGAGAGAUGGAGAUAUAUCCACGGAGCUGUAGUCUCAGCGAACCUGAUGAACAGCUGCGUGGGGCAGACCGUCCACUCCCAAGUUGGUUUUCGGCUCCGAAUUCUCUCUAUUGCAGUAGCUCUCCAUCAAGUACCAGAUCAAGCUAUUCAGAAAUAUUAGAGAUAAUGCAGCAAGAGGGAAGCUAUCCCGGAGCUGUGUCUGAUUCUAAUGCUCCUGCUAGUGCAGGAUUAAUGUUUGAGGUUGAUGAUGGGGAGAAGGACUCUGUCCUUGGUAUCAUAGAGGAGGAGGGUAGCGGGGUUUUUAUACAGGAGGAGCCUCGGGCUGUGCCUGAUUUUAUUCAGAAAAAGUCAGAACCCUUGCCAGUUAGAACAGAGUCCCAUGUCUAAGAGCUUCACUAGCUAAAGAUUCUUGUCUUUUUUCAAGGAAAGCAAUCAUCACUAUAGUCAAGGAACCAUUCUUCUGUAUUUCAUUCUCUCUCUCUCUCCCUUUUCUCUACAUGUAUCUUCAGUACGUUUCUCUGAUUGUUUAUUUUUAGCUCUGAAUGUGAUUUAUUUAUUUAUUUCCUUGCAUAUUAUAACUGGCAUUAUGCAAUGUAACAAUACAUGUCAUCAAUUUUUGUGUUUGUUACAAUAAUAUGUACUAAUUAUUCUUUCAAUGGUAUAUACAUGAUAUGUAUAUAAAUUA